GGGCGGGGCCGCGCUUCCGGCCGCGCGCGCGAGGACAGCACAGGGCGCAGCCGCGGGUGAGCAGGACGUGUCCAGCCCUCGCAGCGAACCAUGGCGUACCAGCUCUAUAGGAACACCACGCUGGGGAACAGCCUGCAGGAGAGUCUGGAUGAGCUCAUACAGUCACAGCAAAUCACACCUCAGUUGGCCCUUCAGGUGCUACUUCAGUUUGAUAAAGCUAUAAAUUCAGCACUGGCACAGCGAGUCAGGAACAGAGUCAAUUUCAGGGGGUCUCUGAACACAUACAGGUUCUGUGACAAUGUAUGGACAUUUGUACUGAAUGACGUGGAAUUUAGGGAGGUCACCGAACUUGUGAAAGUGGAUAAAGUGAAAAUUGUAGCAUGUGAUGGAAAAAACACUGGUUCCAAUACUGCCGAAUGAAUAGACCUGUGGUUUGCCUGCAAUAUUUUCUGUUAAUAUGCAGCACUUUCUGGAGAGAAGCAUGGAAAGGGACUGAUCAUACUCAAUUCCUGUGAUGCAGAUGUGAGUUAACCCAUACUAGAAAGCAUCACAGAAUGACAGUGGAAGAAAUACCUGUAGCAUUUCUUCAUUUCACCUUAUAGGGCAUGAAUAUAAUGUUACCCUUUUUUUAAUUACAAGAGAUACUGUUGUCUUUUUUGUUCAAAAUAAUUUCUUUAAUAAACUUUUAUUUAAAAACU